UGCGCCCGCUGCCCGACUCCGCGCCACUGCCCAGUGUCACACAAGCAAGAGAUGUAAUAAUGAAACCUUUGUCGCCCAUUGAAUUAAGCGAUAGAGACUCGAGCUCAUUAACCAAUACGGCUAAUGACAUAGAGACAACACCUAUUGUCGCAACUCCAAUUGAGAGUGAAAACAAAGUUCCUGAAAAUGAAGACGAUAAAAAUGUAGAAACGCAAAUAACCGAAGAAGAUACCGCUUCGUCACCACCUAAGUCGCCUUCGCUACAAGUCGAGGACGUCUCGGAAAAGUCUAAUCCUUCCCUUCAUGGCGAAGAAAUAAAGACAGAAGAGAUUCCCACAGAAAGUGUCAAAGAAACUAUUGAAGUACAAAAAUCUAGUGUUGAAACGAUUGAAUCUAUAGAGCUCGAACAUCUUAGUGGCAAAUCUUCAGUCGUUUCUAAAAGUAAAAGUGAACCUUCGAGUCCAGUGAAAAGUGCUAGGAUAUCGCCGGAAUUGGCCCGCGAGAGCAGCGGAAGACGAAGUUUAGGGGAACGAGAUGUACGAACUGCGCUCGCGGAAUGCAUUAUGCCAGCGCGGCACGAGGACUGGGAGGCCAUUGUGACGGGACUGCUGGAAACCGAACAGAUGGCCAUGGACAUAACGGCGCGUGCCCCCGCCAGCAGCUGGCGAGCAGCGACCCGCGCGGCGGCCACGCAUGCCCGCUCGCUGCGGUCCAAAGUAGCCAGGGCGGCGUGUUCUACCCUCGGUGCGCUGUUCGAGUAUCGCGGGCGCGCGCUCGACCCGGAGCUGGACGAGGCGACGGGAGCGCUGCUAGAACGGUGUGCCGACGUGAAUAGGUUCUUACGAGCAGAUGCAACAAGUGCGUUAAGGCGUAUAGCGUGCGGUGGCGUUGGGGCUCGCGCGGCCGUGGCGUUGGCGCGACGUGGCGCAGGACACCGCGCGGGGCCGGUGCGCGCGGCGGCGGCGCAGGCGCUGGCGGCUCUGGUGCGACAUAACGGCGCCUCGCCGACGCUGGACAUGGCGGUGGAGCCGCGCACACUGCUGCUGCGUGCGACGGGGGAACUGCUGGGCGACGCGAGUGCGGAGGCGCGGGCGCACGCGAGGCACCUCUGGCUGGCGCUCGCUGAGGACUCGCGGUUUCCUCAAAUGUUAAAAGACGCUAUGCCGCCAACUAGGUAUAGAGCGAUAGAGAAAUAUGUCGAUAAACUUCGCUGCCGGUAAUAUUGGGAGUUUAAAAAUACCUUUUAAUUUAAAUAUUUUUAUAAAACUAAUAACUAAUGUGUCUGUAAAAAACUUUGUUACAAUGUGAUAAAACAUGGUCUACUAAAACGAAAGGGCGUUGAUGUAUAUAGAAUCUUGCUAACUGGUACCUUGUUUUUAAUUCAUUCUGUUUAUAUUUAAGUCGCUCUGUGCUACAAUAGGAAAUGCAAUAAAGAGGAAAGAGAUUUGUUAAAUCGUUAAAUGACUGAACUGUGCGAAAGGUAUUUUUGUAGCUAUAACAU